AUUCGAAACAAGGCUCGUGUUUUCAAUGUCAUGCAUGGCGAAACACCUCAAUGCUUUCCUGUGCAAACACAAACCAAUUUCAAGGCACAUCAAAAAAUUUUAAAGGAGGAUAAUAGAAAGGAAAAGGAUGAAAGUAGUGAGAAAAAUAAUGAAAAGGAAGAAAAUAUUGGGAAAACCAGUGAAAUUAAGAAAGAAGAUAUUGUUGAUGAAGAAAUGGAAGAUGUUUUAAAAGAGUUUUUUGAUAAUAUUGGAGAAGCUAUAACUAGUACUCCUAUUCCAGGGGAAAAGCUUCAGGAGUUGCAGGCACAGGCUAUUGCAAUGGAUGAUGAGAUGAACAAUCUUCUUAAGAACAUCCCAAUCGAUCAUACCCCUUUAACUCACACUUUGUAAUUUAAUUUUUCAACUACUAAUAACUUUUUUUUUCAUUUUAAUUAUUUUCCUUGUAAUGGAAUCUCUUAAUUUUUCAAGUAAAGAUUUAAAAUUAAAAUUACCCUUUGGCUUAAUUAUUUCUGGCCCUAGUUCAAGUGGUAAGAGUACUUUUCUUCUCAAAUUCAUUUCCCAAGCCGCUGAUCUUAUACACCCUCCACCAAAAAGUACUCUCUACUGUUUUGGUGAAAUGAGCAGCAUUGUUCCCAAACUUCAAAGAUCGGGCGUUAGUGUUUAUGCCGGUGUAC